UCCCCAUACACAAACAUGACCCAGGCAGUCAAGCUCGCCUCCAGAGUUUUCCACCGAAUCCACCUGCCUCCGCAGCUGAAUGCCUCCCUGGGCUCCAGAGGCAGUGACUCGGUUCUUCGGAGUUUGUCUGACAUCCCUGGGCCCUCUACACCCAGCUUCCUGGCUGAACUCUUCUGCAAAGGGGGGCUGUCCAGGCUACAUGAACUGCAGGUGCAUGGCGCUGCGCGGUACGGGCCAAUAUGGUCUGGCAGCUUCGGGACACUUCGCACAGUUUACGUAGCCGACCCUACACUUGUGGAGCAGCUCCUGCGACAAGAAAGUCAUUGUCCAGAGCGCUGUAGUUUCUCAUCGUGGACAGAGCACCGUCGCCGCCACCAGCGUGCUUGCGGAUUGCUAACGGCGGAUGGUGAAGAAUGGCAGAGGCUCCGAAGUCUCCUGGCCCCGCUACUCCUUCGGCCACAAGCAGCCGCAGGCUAUGCUGGAACUCUGGACAACGUGGUCCGUGACCUUGUGCGACAACUAAGGCGCCAGCGGGGACGUGGCUCUGGGCUACCCGACCUAGUUCUGGACGUGGCGGGAGAGUUUUACAAAUUUGGCCUAGAAAGUAUAGGCGCGGUGCUGCUGGGAUCUCGCCUGGGCUGCCUAGAGGCUGAAGUCCCUCCUGACACAGAAACCUUCAUACAUGCAGUGGGCUCAGUGUUUGUGUCUACACUCUUGACCAUGGCGAUGCCCAACUGGUUGCACCGCCUUAUACCUGGACCCUGGGCCCGCCUCUGCCGAGACUGGGAUCAGAUGUUUGCCUUUGCCCAGAGGCACGUGGAGCAGCGAGAAGGCGAAGCUUCCGUGAGGAACCAGGGAAAGCCUGAGGAAGAUGUGCUGUCCGGACAUCACUUAACCCACUUCCUUUUUCGGGAAAAGGUGUCUGUCCAGUCCAUAGUGGGGAAUGUGACAGAGCUACUACUGGCUGGAGUGGACACGGUAUCCAAUACGCUCUCCUGGACACUCUAUGAGCUCUCCCGGCACCCCGAUGUCCAGACUGCACUCCACUCUGAGAUCACAGCCGCUGGGAACCAUGGCUCUUGUGCCCACCCCCAUGGCACUGCUCUGUCCCAGCUGCCCCUGUUAAAGGCUGUGAUCAAAGAAGUGUUGAGAUUGUACCCUGUGGUACCUGGGAAUUCCCGAGUCCCAGACAGAGACAUCCGUGUAGGAAACUACGUAAUUCCCCAAGAUACACUGGUCUCCCUGUGUCACUAUGCCACUUCAAGGGACCCCACACAGUUUCCAGACCCCAACUCUUUUAAUCCAGCUCGAUGGCUGGGGGAGGGUCCGACCCCCCACCCAUUUGCAUCUCUUCCCUUUGGAUUUGGCAAACGAAGCUGCAUCGGGAGACGCUUGGCAGAGCUCGAGCUACAAAUGGCUUUGUCCCAGAUCUUGACCCAUUUUGAGGUGCUACCUGAGCCAGGUGCUCGCCCAAUCAAGCCCAUGACCCGGACUGUCCUGGUCCCUGAGAGGAGCAUCAAUCUACAGUUUGUAGACAGAUAACCAUGUGGAAGACAGCCGGCAUCGUCUCUCUCAAGACAGGAUGGUCUUUGUU